UGUGUGACGUCAUUGUUUUGGCUAACAACAAUCAUGGCGACGUGAAGCUAGAUUGGAGAUCGAGAUCAAGUGACUGAGCUCCGAGAACGAAUACACACGUUGAGCUGAAGAAUUACAACAAAUUUAUUCAAAUGCCUGACGAAACAAACGCAGAGGAAAAAAUGGAGCCAGAUGAUGAAGAGCUUCAAGAACUUUACAAAUGGCUUGACGAAAUUCCGUUGAGCAGGGUGAAGAAAAAUGUCGGCAGAGAUUUCAGCGAUGCAGUUCUCAUCGCAGAAGUUGUCCAUCACUUUUAUCCUCGUAUGGUGGAGCUCCAUAAUUACACACCGGCAAGCUCAUCCACACACAAGAUUGAGAACUGGAAAUUACUGAACAGGAAAGUGUUGGCCAAAUUGAAUUGCCAAGUACCAGAGAGAGAUAUCCGUGGUUUGAUAACAGCCAAGGCUGGUGCAGCAGAAGUUUUCUUGAUCAAACUCAGACAAAGAAUAGAAGCUUUACAUUUGAAAAAGAAGAGUCAGCAAGCUAAUAAGGCACAGAUGUCCCCUGAUGGUUAUCUAGAUGGGAUGGAGGUUGGUUCUGUUCCCGCCAGACCACCAAAAGUUCACAAACCUGGUGCUGGAAGACCCCCAAGGGCAGCUGCCCCAGCCCCUAAAGCUCCCACGGUGCUCAACCCUCCACCACAGGGCUUCAGUGAUCCAAGAGGAGCCUCCUAUAGACAGCAACUGAAUGGAGGGAUUGAACCUGAGUUGGCGCCAGCCGUUAGGAUGGUCAUAGAACAAAAAGAACAAGCGUUACUCGCAUCACAAGAAACAGUGCAGAUUUUACAAGCAAAGGUGAGGCGAUUAGAACAUCUCCUGAAACUGAAAGACGAUAGGAUAGAGGAGCUGACGAAAUCGGUGCAGAGGGCGCAAGGACAUUACUGAACAAUUUAUGCUCUGUCACGUCUAGCGGGUCUGAGUACAGGCAAUACGGCAAUAAUAAAUAGAAUUGUUCUGCAAUCAUUACAGCACAGAGAGAGAUAGACAGAGAUGGAGAGAGAGAAAGAGAGUGGGUGCUAAGGGAGGAAAGCCUCUUUCACAUUUGGUGGUGCGACUGCUAACAACUGUUGCGAUUCUGUGCAUCAUAUACUGUGACCAAAGUAUUGCAUACGAUCACACAAACAAUUGUGAAAGCCCCUUAAGACAGACUAGACAUAAAAUGGGGAAUAAAUUAGAAAUACAUGUUCAUGUAAUCCAAGGGAUAGAGAGAGAGAGAGGGGGGGGGGUGCAGUAAGAGAGAAACUGAAAUUGAAAAAGAAUGUCUAGGACUCGGCAGGAAGGAAAGUAAUGCAAAUUCGUGGAUUUUAAAACAAAAAUCAUUCAAAAAACUAUUUUUUCUACUUGAAAUGUAUAUAAAGGUUUAUGAAUAUACUUCUGAAUAGAUGCUCCAAGCUGAAAAUAAUGUGAUUUGAAAUAACUAGAGUAAAAUGGAAUUGAAGCAAAACACUAAAACUGUUAUUGAAAUGAAAAAGAAAUGGGUUCUUGAAGCUUUACCUUUUAAGCCCAAUGCACACUGUGAGACGUGAACGAAUGCAACUUUUUAAUAUAUUGCAUUUUGCGAAACAUAUGAAAGUUUCAAGAAGUAAAAUUAUUUUGUUUGAGGUUCGGCAUGAUGUUGGGAAUGUGGUCGGAGUAAAGUCCAAUUCAGCUUCAAGUAGCAGUUGAGGAUGAGGUCGGUACAAUAUGAAAUAGAUAUUGCAUUUAUUUCUGCAGGGAGGCUUAAUAGUCCUUACCACUAUUCUAAACUCUGAUCACUAAAAUUUUAUGGGCUUGAAUGUUCAUCUCAAAUAUUAUAACUAUUUCUGUGAAAUUCGGAUCGCAGUGAAUUGCACCGUGUGCGCCAGCCUUUACACUCUCUGAAAUCCCAACAUGUUUCAUGUGAAUUGUCUGCAACACACAAAUCAAUCCACAUGGCAUUUCAUGAUCAGUUUUAUGACCUGUGUCCAUGAAAUUUGGCACACACAUAGGUCUUGAGCUGAAGAUGUGCAAGACACAAUUUUUGCAUUUGUCAGAAAUUGUAUUGCCAUGGUAGCCACAUAUUAAAG